AUUGGUUGUUUUGGACUCGAUCGCGUUCUGUAGUCGGAAAACAAACAACAGCUGGGUGAACAUGAUGCGCAGAGUUUUAUCUAAAUUUGCUCGUUUUAGGACAGUGAACAGACAUUUGGCAACACAAUCCUCCCCGGUAGUGCUGGGAAUCGAAACGAGUUGUGAUGACACCGGGGCAGCUUUGGUUACCGGCAAUGGGACAGUUUUGGGAGAGUACAUUCAUUCCCAGCAAAGCAGUCACUUGAGGUUUGGUGGAAUCAUUCCACCGGUAGCGCAAGACAUCCACCGUGCCAAUAUCGAAUCCGUUGUGCAAAAUGCGUUUAAACUAGCAAAUAUGACUCCUAACGAUAUAGAUGCAGUUGCUGUCACCAAUCGGCCUGGGUUACCCCUCAGUCUGAUAGUGGGGAUGAGGUAUGCGAAACAUAUCGCCCGCUCCUACAACAAACCGCUCAUUCCCAUACACCAUAUGCAGGCACACGCGUUGAUGGCUCGAAUGACCUCUACUAUCCCGUAUCCAUUUCUCUGCCUGCUGGUAAGCGGUGGUCACUCGUUGCUGGUAUUUGUGGAGAGUACUGCACGAUUUCGACUGCUCGGCGAAACAUUGGACGAUGCGCCGGGUGAAGCGUUAGAUAAAAUCGCUCGUCGGCUGAAGCUGCGGAACGUGGCCAAGUAUGCGCAAAUGUCUGGUGGUCAGGCUAUCGAAGCAGCAGCCCAACAGGCUGGCGCAAACGACACAUCUGCUUACGAAUUCCCGCUACCACUUUCUAAAUAUCGUGACUGUCAGUUCAGUUUCGCCGGACUGAAAAAUACCGCCACGAGACACAUACUCGAACGAGAAUCCACCCUCCAUCUUGCUCCCGAUGCUUUGCUGCCCGAUUAUGAAGCGUUUUGUGCUUGUUUCUUGAAAGGAGUCACACGGCACAUGCUGCACCGAACGCAGCGCGCGAUUGAGUACUGUGAACGGCGCAAACUUUUCUCCGAUGCCGAACCACACCGCAGUUUAGUCGUUUCGGGCGGUGUUGCUUGCAAUGACGUUAUAUUCAAUGCGCUCAGCUCGAUGGCGGCCCAGUUUGGGUACAGCACCUACCGGCCACCGAAAAAGUUGUGCACCGAUAACGGCACAAUGAUAGCGUGGAACGGCAUGGAGAAACUGCUGGCAAAAGAUACUGCCGAAAUGACGACGAAGUACGAGCAGGUUGAUAUAAGCGGAAAGUGCCCUAUCGGUGACAGUCUUAUCGAUGAUGUGAAAGAAGCGAACAUAGCAUGCAAGUGGGCUAAAGUCGAUAUAUUUCCAGGCAAAGAAGAAGUUAGUAGAUAGUAAUGGGGAGCAAUUUUGUUACUAGACAGUAAACUCUAAAGAAACAGUAAACACGAUUAUUACAGCUUUUAAAAACGCGUAUAAUAAACACGAUUGUUUGCCUA